GGGCACAGUAAUUAAAUUUAAUAUACAGUCUAAUAUAGUACCGUCUUAAGGCUGCUUUCCACUGUUGCGUUUUUUUUCCGUGCGUACAUCCAUAGAUAAAAACGCACGGAUUAUUAAUCUCCAGUGUUGCGUUUUGCGUUGUGCAUAAAUUUAAUGCGUGCUGCAAUUCAAAAUGGCGUCGAAAGAGGAGCGAAAAUUAGCAAUUCUACUUUUGCUUCGCCAAAGACGAAAACGAAGGAAUAAAUACAAAAAAAGGUUUUGGAUUAAAGAUAUUUUAAAGCGGCGAAAAGAACUGGAGGAAUACCAUCGCCUCAUUCAAGAAAUGCGGUUAAAUGAUCCUGAAUCAUUUUAUCAAUACUUUCGGAUGACCCCUUCGCGGUUUGAUUUACUUCUUGGUCUGGUUGGGCCAUACUUGAAAAAGAAUUCUUUAUACCGCGAGCCUGUGAGUCCUGAAGAACGCCUCGCUGUUACUCUUCGCUUUUUAGCAACAGGCGAUUCUCAACAAAGCAUAGCAUUCAGUUUUCGACUUGGCCAUGCUACUGUGACCAAAAUCCUAGAGGAGUCCUCCGAAGCUUUGUGGUCUGCGUUGCAACAGUUUAUCAAGCCUCCAACGACAACAAGCGAAUGGGAAAAAAUCGCAACAGAUUUUUGGCAGUUGUGGAACUUCCCAAUGUGUUGCGGAGCCAUUGAUGGCAAACAUGUAGUCAUGCAAUGUCCCUCUCGGGAUGGUUCGUCAUUUUUUAACUAUAAAGGAACACAUAGCACUGUUCUGUUGGCAGUUUGUGAUGCUAGGUACUUGUUUACUCUAGUGGAAAUUGGCAGCUCAGGCAGAAACCAAUCACUAAAGCAAUCACUAAUAGACGUAUAGACUAAUAGACGUAUAGGGUUUUGUAAGAGAUAGAUGGAUCCAAUGAAUAGUAUUUUUAACCCAAAACAAAAUCAUGAAUUUUUAUUAUGAUAGUGACGCGUGUUAUUUCUUGUUGGCUUCAGCAGUAUGCUUCAAGUGUGCAUACGUAGAAACAAAGACUUUAUUUAUACCCCAAGCCAUUUAUCCACGACCUACUACCAUUAUUUGCUUUUUUUGGAGCUUUGAACAAAUGAGCAGAAGUGUUGACAGAAACUUUGUUUAAUUUUGCUGAAGGAAAAAGAGAACGAGAGGAUCGAAGAACACACCACGGAGAAAAUCGAAUUAAGUAUAUUCCAUUCUUUAUAAUUUCAUAAUUUUAUAAUUUUAUCUUAUUUAUGUAAUUUUAAGGAUACAGCACGAACAUUAAUAGCUGACCUAUUGUAAAUAAUUAUUUAUACAAAUAUAUGGUACAUACUGAAGUUGUUAUCCAGUCAAAA